AUGCCCAUUCCCAAGGAGUUCUUGGAUAUCGCUUGGGACGGAUCGUCGGCACGCGAAGUCUUGCGAUUGGUGAUUGACAGAAUCAAGAUUCUCGCCAACAGCGAGGAGCCUGAAAAAAAUUUUGAAGUGCAUGAAAAGUUCCGGCACUUUGUGGACCAUUGGCGCGUGGCGAACACGGUCAUCAGGAGAGAUCAGCUUUCGAAGAACGUCGGAGAACCUGCUGUUCUCACUGCGACAUCUGCCCGAUUGGUAGCGGGCAUCCAUGGACAAGCAUCGGACAAGGCGCCACCAAAUACAGUGGAAAAGAAGUGGCCCACAAGACUCUCCUAUCUGAAGAGAGCUGCUGGUACUACGACCUCAGCUCAGCUUCCCACCCUCUGGCAUGAGCUAGCAAAGUGUAAGAAGCACGAAUCAAUUGGAAUUGUGCAGUCCCUGCUGGACGAUGAGGCCGAGAAGCUGAACCUCAAUCUGGAAUUCAUCGUUUCAGCCCGAGUAAUCAAGAGCCUGGUGGAAUUGGAAUUUUGUUCGCGCGGCGACGUUGAAAAGGGUUUGAACGUGUUUAAUAGUGUCUGUUUCCAGCACUACAAAAAUGCAAACGCGAUCAACGAUUACAACAAGAGCGAUUAUUGGUUGACGGGCGAAAAGACGACCGCUUCAAUGAAGGAUCAUCAAGCCCACGACAAGAUCAAGCACGCUAUCUUCCCAAAGGAUCCCAUGCAGUUCCGUGAGAUGGUCAAUAGUAUGCGGGUAUUCUACCGUGUAGUGUUUGGGAAAACUCAUCCACUGACAGCCGUGUACAAAAAGUUUGCAAAGAAUGUGGAUUCGAUGCACGAAAAAUGGGAGUGUCCCAACAGGAGCGAGCACUCGAGCGAUUUCUCUUCGGAAUUUAUUCCCGAAUUGAUCGUUACUUUGAGGGCUUGGUAA